UAUGAUGUGAUAUUCUUCAUCUUACUUGCUUCCUCUCUCUUGUUCAUUUAACCUUGCCUUAUUUAGCAACACCAAAAAAAAAAACCAAAAGGAAUUAAGGAGAUCGAUCGAUCGAUCACAAGAUUUAAUCCGAUCGAAUAAUUCAGAUGGACAGAGGGAAACAUCACUCGUCGGAAGGGUCAUCGCCGCCGUCUGCCGCCGCAACCCUCAGCCGCUACGAGUCCCAGAAGAGGCGGGACUGGAACACCUUCGGGCAGUUCCUGAGGAACCAGCGCCCGUCGGUGGGCCUGCCCCACUGCAACAGCAGCCACGUGCUCGACUUUUUGAGGUACUUGGACCAGUUCGGGAAGACCAAAGUUCAUUUGCAGGGCUGCGUGUUCUACGGGCAGCCCGAGCCGCCCGCGCCUUGCGCCUGCCCGCUCAAGCAGGCCUGGGGCAGCCUCGACGCCCUCAUCGGUAGGCUACGCGCCGCCUACGAGGAGAACGGCGGCUCCCCGGAGAGCAACCCGUUCGCCAGCGGCGCGAUCAGGAUUUACCUGAGGGAGGUGAAGGAGUGCCAGUCUAAGGCCAGAGGGAUUCCGUACAAGAAGAAGGGCAAAAAGGUCAAUAAGACUGAUGACGAGUCCAACUCUUCUUCUUCUUCCACGCCAUUUUCUUGAAUUAUAAGAAGGAGGAGAGAUCUUUACAGUGUGGAGAUAGGCAAGUGUUAUGUCGAUGCUGUCGUCCAUUGAAUCGACAAAUGCUCCGCAUGCGACGAAUAUUAUAAAUAUUGAAGCCAGCUGUCUAAUAAUUUCAUUUUUAAGUCUUAUAAGAAGAUUGUAAGCUUCCCAAAUAUAUAUAUGUAUGUUAAUUAUUCCGAUGUUGUUGCAUUGAUUUUACAUAUUUUUGUUCAUGAUGUUUAAUUCAAUAAGUAAAUAAAAUGGGCUUAAUUACAAGCUUUAGGAUGUGUUUGGUCCUAUAUAUAUUGCUUGUUUUGUU